AUGGCAAAGCCUUUUGAUAAGAAGUUUGGUUGGGUGAUAAAGGAUUUCUCUUCUUUGCAGUCUGAGAAGUGUUGUUCUGUUCCAGUCUUGAUCAGCGAGUCUAAAUGGCGUCUUAUUGUCUUUCCCAAAGGAAAUAACAGUGAAUACUUUGUUAGGUUUUAUGAGACAAAGCUCACAAGAGAGAGUAGACAAUCACUUGCGUUUGAUGAGGAGAUCUUCGGCCUUGUUUUCAUGACUUCGGCCUUGACUCCUUUCUGCUUCUUCUUCUCUUUCUUGGAGAUGGCUCGGCCUCAUCGGCCUCUCUCUCCUUUCUUCAUACACUCUAAUAUACUUGUCUCUCUAUCUGGAAAAACAGAGCACUGUUUUGAUGGCAAGUCAACCACAUGGGGUUUUCCAGCAAUGCUUUCUCUUUCAAAACUUCAUGAAAAAGAUGGUGGAUUUCUUGUCAACGGAGAAGUCAUGAUUGUUGCAGAGUUGGAUGUUUUUGAAGUUAUUGGCACAUUAGAUGAAUCAGAGAAAUCUGAAGAGGCAUCUAAACUUGUGACCAAGAAAACUGAGAAUCUUGGUGCUGAGUCUAAUGAGUUGCUCAAGAAAACUUCACCACCAAAGGAGAGCAACAAUGUUAAACAGGUUGAAAAUUCUGUGAAAACCAGUCCAAAGAACAAACGUAUGUGGGUAACAUUUCUGAUUAUCGUCUUCUUUCUAAUCGGGGCUCUUGGUAAGGCGCAUGAGAAACACUUGGCAGCAAAGGAGAGAAACUUUUCUCAGAAUUGGAAAGUGAUAAGACCUGGACUGGAAGCUCUUCUUUCAUGCAGCUGUUUGAUGCUUUUUUAUUAUUAUGCCUCUUUGGUAUUUUCGUUUGUUUGCUCAUUCUUUGUUUCAUGA